AUGGGAAAUCUCCAUCCGCUUAUAGAGAACUACGAGACAGCGGCGCCCUUAUUCUCCCAAGUGAGAGAGUUCUUCGGGACUAUAAGAACCAUUUCAACCGAAAGCUUCAACAAAGAGAACGUCGAAACCUUACGAGAAAAAAACUCAUCUUUCACUCCUGUACAAAGAUAUGUAGUGGAUGAGAUGAAGAUACAAUCAAAUCUUGUUUUUGAUAAAGUGUCUGGGGAACUUAUUGGCUUCAUCGAUUUGGGUGACCCCAUGACUAACUUUGCCAAUCUCACUGAUGAAGAUCCAAUUGGGACACAUGCCUUGGCAUUUCUUGUGAGGGGAUUACGCACUGAUUUGAAGCCUAUUAUUGCAUAUUUCUUCACAGGAAAUGUCAUGUCAUUCCAUAUAAUGCCUCUCUUCUGGAGAACUGUAGCUGUGCUGGAGGUGUCCCUCAAUCUUCAUUCCAAGUUGGCCAAUGAAGUGAAUUGUGAUGUUGUGUAUAAAACACCAAACAUUUUUGUACCAUCGCGAUUCAUUUUCUUUUUUGCUGAUUCUCCACAUCUCAUAAAGACAGCCUGUAACUGCCUGUACUAUUCUGGGUAUCGAAGUCGCAGUCGUCUUAUGUGGAAUGAUGGGCAGUAUCUGAUAUUUCAACGCAUAGCAGAUCUCUUGUACAGCGACCAAGAUUUUUCUCUGCACACCCUCCUGAAGCUGACCUUAGAUCACAUUGUGUUGACCUCUUUCAGCAAAAUGAAAGUUAAAUUAGCAGUCCAGGUCCUCAGCAAGUCAGUCAGUCGCCAUUGCUCUGCGAGAGAGUGGUAA